AUGGAUAUUUUAACUUGUAGCUGGUUAAUACUUGAUAUUGGAUGUUUGGCUAUAGUUCUCAGCACUAAAUUCAAAAAUCUAGUACCCAGCUUUCUGCAAGACCUCAUGGUGUAUGGCAAGACGAGACAACUUGGACAAGACAACAGCAAGAAAAGUUUACAUUGGUUGAGACAACUGCUGCUUGUGCCACAUAGGUAACUGCACCGAUAGAUUAGUACAUGUGCAUACCUGCCAAUUCUCCUGAUUUUGUCGGAUGUCACACAAUUUUCUAGCAAAUCUCCCGAUCAAAGGUCAUGUUCAAUCCUGUAUGGAAUGACACUUUUUUGUGUGCUGGACAUGUGCACCAAAUACUGGUAAAUAUAUUGCUGUACAGAUGGUUGUGCUGUCCCAGACAUGUCCAGCACACAGCGCUUAGAUUUCAUACUGGUGCCAGACAGCAUUUUCUCCACCGCGCGCGGAAGAUCUUCCGCGCGCAUUUUUUAUGCUUUCUAUAUAUUUACUAUUAAAUUUUCGAAAUCUUCCGCGUGCAAUUUCCAAACUUUGCAGUCUGGUACUGGUGUUCACCAGAUUUAUCUCUGACUAUGCAAUUUCUAUAUUAUAGAUGGUUUAUACAUUUCUAUGCACUGGGUCUUGUUUGGAACAUUUUCCUACUGGCCAUAUUUGUUCACACUAUUAUCAAAGAAGAUACAUCCUAUCCAGGCAUGCAUGGAAUUGUCCAAUAUGUCAUCACAACAAGCGCUUCGCAAACAGACUGUUUCUCUGUACUAUUAACCCUAGUUUUGCUAACAAUUCAAUUGUUUCGAAGAUUAUAUGAAAGCCUAAUUGUGGCGUCAUUCUCAGGAAAAAUGCACCUCAGCCACUAUGUAAUAGGUGUGCUGUUCUAUUUCUUGGUGAACUUAACAGUGGUUGCAGAAAUACCACUCUCUCUUUCAAAAGGUACCAUGAUUUUUUUUUAUCAUAGUGGCAUUGCUUAUUUAUUUUUGUAUCUCCUCUGUUCACAAUAUUUACUUCUGCAGUAUUCUACAUGGAUAUGGCACAAAUUGUCCCCACCCUUUUCAAAUACAAAGCCAAAAAUAAAAAUAUAUAUAAAAAAUUUUGCAGUGUACACAGUGUGUACCUAUUUUUUCACUCCAUGACAAAUUCCUCAGUUUAUUUUUGACAAAUGCCAAAAUAUAUAUUUUUAAAACUAAAGGUUGGUACAAGUCGUGUCUAAAGCCAUCCCACCAAGUAUCCUGGUUGCAGUUUCUGGCAUUAUUAUUAUUCCUCUGGGUAAGUUACCAUCAAUACCAGUGUCAUACCAUCCUCGGCAAGCUCACCACCUGGACAGCUGA